CAUAUUGGAUAUUAGAAACUUAUAGCGUACUUAUCAAACCAAUGCGUUGUAACUCGUUGUUGGUUUACACCUGCAUACUAACGCAUCUUGAGAAAUAAUGUCUCUGAUUAACUAUCGAUUCGCCCUUACAGCUUACCAAAGGUUCCAGUCAGUCACCUAUGUGUCUCUAAAUCGUCACUAUGGAAGCUCAUCAACACCAUUGGAAUGUUUUACAAAACUUCUAGAGAUAGCUGAUCAUUGGCCUUGUGAUACUUGUGGUAGAAAAGUGACUCUAAAAGAUGAAAUCAAACGUCGUGCUACUGAAUUCCUUUCUAAACCAAUGCAAGAAAUAGAUGCUAAAUUUUGGGAAGAAGAAUGUCAAAGUUUGUCUCGUAUUUUUAAUAACCAUUAUCGAGAUAUCUAUCGACCUCCUUCCGUUCUUCGUGAUGGUUGCACUGUACCAGGAAGUUCAGUUAUAGCUGCGACCGGAGCUGAUCUGAUGGAAUGUAGAAGAAUUCUUUGUGAUCGCGAAGAUGGAGACAAAAAACUUUCUUUAUAUCAACGCCUUAUUGAUAAAUUAUUUUACUAGCCUAUUUUUCUAUAUUUCAUUUUUAUAGUUUCAUUGAAAAUGUAUGCAUUAGUUUUGUUAUGUGACGUCUUUUCAGAAAAAAAUUGUUGAGCUUCUGUUUUUGUUAUAAUCUCUUUCUUACGGUUAUGACCCAGCUAUUCCUAUUGCUUAGUAUUCUUGUACACCGUUCACAUUCUCUGUUGACGAUGUCUGCUAGAACACCAUAUUCAUCGGCUUCGCGUUUCACCAAAUUUAGACACCGAUAUCGAAUACUAAACAAUGAGGAUGACUCAACGAAUAUCUCUGACAAUUGAAUUACCGUCUCCUCGAAACUGAGCUCUCGAGGUAACUUUGGCAAUAUAUGGUCAGUAUAACGUGCAUGUUCAUUGCUUCCCAACUUACGUACCAACAGUCGAGUCUUCCGCGCGUCGUCUUGGUUACAGAAUUCUGUUCUAAAUGUAUCUUUCCAAUGUCUGAACCACGUGAGAAAAGUAUUUUCCCACUUUCGGGAUCAUAGAGGAAUUCUGGGAUGCUACUAGCAACUGCAU